UGGCGUUUAGAGCUCGUGUCGUGUCACGUUACCUGGCAGACGGAAGAUUCAGCCAUUUCGAGCAAGUGCUCUUCGCUUCACCUCUGUCUUUUACAAGAUAAUCAAUUUAAAAUACAAAUCUCACGGAAAUCUGCGUACACAUUUAAUUCAGUUCGUCGCUCAUCGGUGUGGUUUUUAAUAACUGUCGCUAUUUGUCAUUGUGGGUGCGGCUCUGAUAGGGCAAAACGGAUUUAUACGGAUAUUUAUAACUACAAUUUUUACGUGUUUCACCUGUUUUCUUCAUCUACGCAAUCAACAUGAUACGUCCAUAUCUGCUCGUCUUACUACUCGUGCACGAUGUGUUUGGUUGUGUUACAGAUGAAGUUAUGACACCAGAUGUGAUGGAGGGCGAGUCUGUUACUCUUGACUCUUGUUUUCCCAAAAUACAGACUGAAGAUGAGUGGGAGUGGAAGUUUGGAGACUCUGACGGUGUUACUAUAGUUAAAAAUGGUUUAAUAUAUGACACUGAUGAUGGGUUAUUCAAUAACCGACUGCAGCUGAACAGUCAGACCGGAGAUCUCACCAUUAGAAACACCAGAAUGAAACACAAAGGAGUUUAUGAUCUAAAGAUCUUCAACAGCACACAAACACAUGUACACAAGAUAUUCAAACUUACUGUCCUCGAUCCGAUUCCUCCGAAAGUGUUUGCGGUGGAGGGAGAAUCUGUUACUGUGACCCAUGACGUCGCUUGCGUACAGAAAUGCGAUUUGAUCAGGUGGAUGUAUGAAAAAACUAUCAUCGCUGAAAUCAAUAAACAGAACAAUCGCGAGCCACCCUAUAAAGAUGUUUUAGAGAGAAAAUUCAUGGGCAGACUAAAGUUAGAUGAUCAGACUGGAUAUCUCACCAUCACAAACCUCACAACCACAGACGCUGGACUUUAUAAACUACUGUUGAUUAACAAUGUUCUCAAUUACAGGACGUAUCGUCUUAUAGUUAGUGGGUCGGGACUGUCAUCAGGUAAUAAAGUACUGAUCGGUGUCCUCCUGUUCGUGGUGUUGGCGGCAAUAAUCAGUGAGAUUAUAUUUUAUUGCAAAUGUAAACAAUUGAAACGCACAGCGGUUCCUAGUGAGGAUGAUGGUAAAGAACCCCUUAAAAAGCAGUAAUUUAUAGCAUCGGUUAGUUGUUUAUAACAUCAACCUGCUGUGUGCUGUAGAUGUACUGUUGAAGGCCAUCUCCGGUUGCAUUUGUGAGAAAGUUUGCAUUUAUUGCUGAUGUUAAAAAGUAAAAAAAAAACAUGUAUUAUUUCUUUAUGCCUGUUGCCUAUCGGCUGGUGUUUGACUUGCUCAUGCUUCAUGUUGUGGGACUGCCGAUAUAAAAGUUCUAAUGAAAAACAUCAUAUAAUCUUAUAAUGUAUAAUCUCUAUAAGCAGCUGUUUUUGAUGAGUAGUUGUGAUCCUGACAGCUACUGAAUGUAAAUGCUGUCUUGAGAGCGGAUGUAUAGACGCCAGGACACUUUGCUUUUUUAGUAUCACAUAGACUGUGUUUUCAGUUAUAAUUGAUCUGCAUUCAUGCUGAUGUUACUCUGGCCGUUUCUCAAUCCGAAGGCUGCAUCCUCCGGAGGUCGCAUAUGCAAACGUCAUAUCUGGUUUAUUUAAGUUAACAGAGCAUUACAUUCGCAAGUCAUAAGCUUAUAACAACAAUUUACGAUUAACUAAGAUUAAUAGUCAACUUUAUAAUUGUUAAUAUUCUGAAUUAAGAUAGUCUUGAUGACGUAUGCAGCCUAGAAAGGCGACCUCCGGAGGCUGCAGCCUUCGGAUUGAGAAACGGCCUUUAUUGAGAUGUAUAUACACUACUGGCCUCUAGUGGACAAUCGAUGAACAUGCUUAUUUUUUCCGUUUUCAGUCCAUCUGAAUUGUUUACAUUUUUAAAGUGAUUUUUAUUGAAAUUCAUUGUGUAAUAUAAUUGCCAAAUUUACUUUUUAUUACAAACUCCUUAAGUUUCCUUUUUGUUUAUGUAUAGUCCAAUUGCCUUGACUUUUUUUGGUUCUCAUGUGUUUACAUGACUCAUAAUUCAGCAUUAAAGAUCUUUGUUCUAUAUUG